AUGACCUUCGACGACGAGAAGCACGCCGACGGCGUGGUCAAGGUCGCCAGCCACGACAACCUCCGGAGUGUCACGAAUGUCUCCGUCUCUGACAUCGAGUCGGCCGACGACUUCCUCGAGGCGGCCGCACUCGCCACUGAGCGCGAGCACACCCUCAGCUUCCGUGAAGCGCUCCGCCUCUACCCCGGCGCAUUCAUGUGGGCCAUCUUCGUCUCCUUCACCAUCAUUAUGGACGGCUUUGAUCUCUCGAUCAUCAGCAACUUUAUGGCAUACCCCGAGUUUGCUAAAAAGUUUGGAGACCACCACCCUGGCAGCAACCCAGAGUACCUCAUCAGCACCAAGUGGAACGUCACCCUCAGCAACGUCGGCAUCAUUGGAAACUUCUUCGGUCUUACGGCUAUGGGCAUUCUUACUCCGAUGUUUGGCCACCGCAUCGUCAUGAUGGGCACCCUCGUUUUGAUGGUGGCCUUCAACUUCCUUCCCUUCUUUGCGCCCAACGUCCAGGUCCUCACCGCUGGCCAGGCGCUCCAGGGUGUCACGAUCGGCCUCUUUGGAAUCAUGGGCUCGGUGUACGCCUCGGAAGUGGCGCCUCUCCCCCUCCGUGGUUUCCUCACUUCUUUCGUCAACAUUUGUUGGGUUAUCGGCCAGCUCAUCUUCUCGGGCAUCCUGGUCGGUCUCACGCCCAUGCACUCUGAGUGGGCCUACCGCAUCCCCUACGCCCUCGUUUGGUUCUGGCCCAUUCCCCUCUUCGCCAUUGCCUAUUUCUGCCCUGACUCGCCCUACUGGUGCGUCGCCAAGGGCAGGUACGCGCUCGCCGAGAAGAACCUCCAGCGUCUGUCUUCCGGCUCGACCGACGCCGAGAUCCGCCGCUCGCUCGCCAUGAUCGUCCACACGAACAAGCUGGAGAAGGCCCAGUCGGAGAGCGCCUCCAUUUGGGAGUGCUUCAAGGGAACCAACCUCCGCCGUACCGAGAUUGCGUGCAUGGUGCUCUCGAGUCAGGCCUGGUGCGGACAGGUGUUCGCCUACGGCUCGACCUACUUCUUCAUGAUGGCCGGCUUCAACGCCGACAACUCGUACAAACUCAACUUUGGCUCCAUGGGCGUCGCGUUUGUCGGUACCGUUGGUUCGUGGAUCCUCAUGGUCUACUUCGGCCGUCGCCCCAUCAUCAUCUGGGGAUACAUCGCCAUGACCCUCUGCCUUGUCCUCGUCGGUGGACUUGCCUUCAAGGACACUCAGUCAGCUCUCUGGGCUCAGGCUGCUAUGACCGUCCUGUGGCUCUUCUUCUACUCGCUCUGCAUGGGCCCGCCAACCUUCUCUCUUGCCGCCGAGAUUUCGGCCACGCGUCUCCGUCCCCAGACUCUUGCCAUUGGUCGCUUCUCUUACCACCUUGCUCGCCUCAUCUCGAACACGGUCGAGCCCUACCUCAUCAACCCCAGCGCCGCCAACCUCAAGGGCAAGACGGCCCUCGUGUGGGUUGGCACUUCGGUCAUCAACAUCCUCUGGUGUUUCUUCCGCAUGCCCGAGACCAAGGGUAUCACUUACGCCGAAAUGGACAUUCUGUUCGACAAGAAGACGCCUGCGUGGAAGUUCAAGUCGACCCAGGUCGACGUUAUUGAUGACCGCCACGACUGA